AUGUCUGCCUCGGACGAGGAGAGCCGUUAUUGCAAUCUUAAAGCGGACGCGCAGGUAGGAGCAUGGAACGCAUCAGCAGAUCCAGCGGGACCAUCGCCAUCCUUGGCAAAGGCAGCGUCGUGGCUCAUGCGCAAAGGCAGCCCGCCUGUCAAUGUCACGCCGCCCGGCCUUCUGCCGGCGUCUCCGUCUCGCAGCUCAGACGGCCAACCGUCCGCUCAGUCGGUAGACCUCGAGAUGGACGGCGGGGGGCCGGCAGCGGAGCAGCCGGUGGGGCGGUCAAGCGCCGUGUGGCUGCCUCUGCCGUCGCCGCGCGUGCAGGAGGAGUUCGCCGGCUUGGCAGCGCAGGAAACGAGGCGGCAAUCAUCGGGGGUGGUUGCGCGGAAGCAGCAGAGGAGCGAGAGCAGAAAUGUUCCCUGGACGUUUCACCAGCUGCUUCAGGCGGACGCGGCAGGCGAGGAGCGCGUGGAGGCGGCGGAGCAGAGAAAGCAGAUCCCACGGCGAAAGUCGCUCGAGACGAGAAGGGUGAGCAGAGAGGCACGUGCUCGACAGCAGGACAAGGAAGUCAGGGCGGCGGCGCGCGAUCACUCGCUAGAAAGAGUAGCGCGCCAUCGAUCAGCGAACGUGGAUCGGAACCGUUCGAUCCAACUAGGUAGCACGCGAGAGGCGCGGACGCGUUGGCCGCAACGACGAAGCGCAGCUGAGCGUCGCGCGGACGACAAGGCAGCGGCGAGUUCGGACAGCUCGUCCGACAGCGAAUGCGAAAGUAGAAUCGAGGGCGCGCGCAGGGGGCAGGAGGGACGCGAGAGGAACGGAAGAGAGGCGACGAACGAUAACCCAGUGAGGGCCAUGAGGGAAGGAGGCAAAGCGACAGAUUUCCGGCACGACGGGCUGGGGGACGCCGUGGGAGAGGAGUGGGGCACGCGAGACGAGGGGGUGGAGGUAGAGGGGCCGGAGGACGCGGGGCGUGAUAUUGGCAUCUUGGUGAUGGGGCACCCCGUGCUGCCGCACGACGUGCCUGCGCGCGUCGACGCUGAGCACUGGGAGAGCCAGGCGGCGGGAGAGAAGGCUGCGGGAGUGCGCGAGGGGGAGGGGGGGAUUGAAGGCCAGGUUGAGAACGAGGGCGCGGCGUUGCGGUUGGCGGGGUUACUAACGGACGACAUGCUGCAGUGCAGCUUCAUGGACCCGGGCAAGCGCGCGCUGGGCCUCGCGCACGACGACGACCACGACGAAGCUGCGCAUAACCGCCGCGUGCGCGCCAGCGCCAAUGAUCAUUUGCACGAAUCGACUCAUCGGACCAGCGAAGCCGCCCUCUCACACCACCGCCUCUUUCCUCCGCGCUCCGACGCCUCGCCUGCGUCGGCGCCCGCUCUUCACAACUCCUUGCCGAGCGCCACCGAUGCCCCGCGAGGCGGUCUCGUGUUUGGCGUGCCCGUAUCCGCCCCGCUCCUUGCCUCCUCCGCUUCCCUGUCGGCCUUUGCCCCCACCGCCAAUUCUUCCGCCACUUUCGGAACGCCCGCGGUGACACGGCUGCCGCUGUCGGUGCUGCAGCACGGGUCGCUCGUGUGUCUGCUGGCCGGCUCCUCGCGACUGGCGGCCGUGCGCUAUCAAGGAAGGUGGGAGCUGGGCACGCCGACGCCGUCAUGCGUUGACGACGGCUCCAAUGCCCUCGCGGCCUCUCCGGCCGACCCGCUCCGCCGCUCCGCCCACGCCGCGUCGCUGGCCGUGUGCGCGUCGCUCACGGGCGGGCUGGGUCGCUGGCCGCUGGACUGCCUCUUCGUGCUGCUCGUCGUCGCGCCCGCCCGCAUCGCGCUGCGCUCCCUCGCCGCCGACGGGCGCUGCCUCUCCGCCGCGCUGCUGCCCGGCGAGCGCGACUCGUUCCGCACCUGGUCCGUGGGCGACGCGGAGACGUGGGAGGUUCUGCCCGCCGGCACCGUGGGGGAGGGGGCGGCGGCAGCAGGGGAGGAGGGUGACGGGAGUGCGGAGAGCGCGGGCGGGUGGAGCUGGGGGAGGGAUGGCGUGGUGGAGGGCGGAGUGCUGCUGCGCAGCUGCGCCAGCCCCGCGCGCGUGCUGGACGUGGCGCUGUUCGGGCUGCUCGCCAAGACGCUCUCCGCGUGGCGCCACGUGGAGGCCGCCGCCGCCGCUGCGCCGCUGCUGCACCACCAGGUGAGUGGGGGCGGGAGCGGGCGAGUGAGGGCGAGUGAAGGCGAGUGUUGGGGAGUGGGCGUGAGGGGUGCGGGGGCGAUCUGCCGUGUGCUUGCACGAGCUACGUUGUGUUUUGCGGUUGUGUGCUGCCGUGAGUCGACGGGUGUGAGGCAGUUACACCAUCGAGCGGGCGAGGAGGAGGCGGCGAGGCGAGAGGCGGAGGGGGCGAUGGAGGAGCGGCGGCAGCGGUGGGAGGAGGAGAGCGCGCGCAUGCGCGCGGAGGCGGACGAGCAGCGCGACACCAUUGAGCAGCUCCACGACCAAGUGAACUCGCUCGGCGCGGAUCUCGAGCGCGCCGUGGCGCUGCUUGAGGCCGCCAGGCCAGCGCUGAAGGGGGCGCGCGGAGGGCCGCAGCGGGAAGCGGAGUGGGCGGAAGUGGAUAGCAUGGGGAAGGCGACUGGCGCGGAGGGCACGGGAGGCAGUGCGGGGAGUGAGGCGAGGGGAGGCGAUGGCGGGGCACCGGCGGAUGCGGACGACGAGGGGGAAGAUGCUCGCAAGGCAGGGUGGGCGGACGCGAGCGGCGGAAGCGGCAGUUUUACUUCCGCCACUCCCCAUGGGCCCCCCAGCCGUGCGCCUCCCACUCGCGCCCCUCCCGCCCCCGGCGCCAGUCACGGAGCGCCGCGGGAGGGGCAGCGCGACAGCCGCGGCGGCGGCAGCAGUGGCGCUCGCUCUCCCGUCACCAACGGCAGUUCGGCCGUGGCUCGCGCGCUCUCCGCCUCCUCCGCCUCCCCCUCUGACUCUGAGUCCGACUGCGGCAGCGGCGCUUCCCCCGGCCGCCGCAGACCCCCGUACGUCACUGCGGAGCAACCGCAGCUCCGCGCGCACUAUCGGCCAGCCAGCGGCGGCGGCAACAAGUUUUGGCAGGCGGCACGAUCGGCGGGCAGUAGGGGAGGCGCGGAGACGCGGAACGAGAGCGAUGCGGCUUCGGUACGGGCAGAGGGGAAGGGUGGCUCGCACGGCGCGCAGGGCGCUUCAGCCGUGGAGUCGGGCGUGUUGCUUCGCCGAACCUUCUCUCCCAUGCGCGGCCGCCGCAGCCUCUCGUCGUCGAGAGCGGACGCGGGCGCAAGCCGCGGGGUGGGGGACGGCGGGGGCGCAAGCCGCGGGGUGGGGGACGCGGGAGGCGCGAGAAGCGCGCUGCAGCAUGUGAUGGGGAGGGCUGCGGGGGCUCCGGGGGCAAGGCGGACGCGCGGGGAAGAGAGCGCGGAAGAAGGGCGGCGGGGUGCGAGGCAUCCCGCGAGGGCAAGAGAAGAGCGUGAGGGGACGCAAGUAGGGGCAGCGGGGGGCGGAGAGGAGGCGGUGGGAGUUGGGCUGAGAGGAGAGGGGGAGGCUCGCACGCAGCACGGGGAGGGCGGAGAGCGGAUGGGCGGAGGGGGGGAGGGAGCUAUCCGGGGUAUGGCGCAGCGGGCGCAGCGUGGGGGCCCGGAGGCGUGGGUGGCGGAGCAUAAGCGCGUGGUAGUGCUGGAGGAAGUGGCGGCUGGCGGAGAGUUGGCGCGCUGUGAGGCGGAGGAGGUGAGAGGGACGAGCGCCGCGAGUGGGGGGAGCGAGCCGAGCGGUACGAGCGGCGCGAGUGGCAUGAGCGGCAUGAGUGGGGUGGACGAGGAGUGGGAGGAGCAGUGCACGGAGCAGGGAUGGGUGCUGCGCCCUGUGUCACGUGCAGGCGCGGGGGCGGGGCCAGGGUUGAAUUCACAGGCUCGCUCGUAUGGCGUGUGCUGCACUGCGGACGAUGACGUGGCGGAUGACGUGGAGGAUGAGGUGGAUUCGGAGCAGGUUCGGCAGUCACAGCAGCAGGCGCGGAUGGGUGGGAGCGCGGGAGAGGGCAACGGGGAGAGCAGUGGGGGGAGCGGAAGCGACACUGGGACGGGGUCAGGUAGGGGCGGUGCAGCAGCAGUGGCAAGGCCAGCGGCUGGGGCGGGCGCAAGCGGUGGGAUGGUAUGCAGUGGGGCAGCAGCUCGUGCUGCUCACACGGGCCGUCAAGGGGGGCCUGGCGCUGCUGCUGCUGCCGCUGCUCCCGCUGGUGCUCGUGCCACUGGUGCUGCUGGUGCGAGCAAGGGAUGCGCACGGGGCUCCACAGGGGGGGCAGGGGCACAGGCGCAGGGGGCGGAAGGCGGGGGGGCAGGGGAGGGGGCGGGAGAGGAGCCCCCCUCCGCGCUGAAGCAGCGUGUGGCGGCCCUGCGCUCGCGCGUCUCCGCCCUGCGCGCCACCUCCUCCUCCCUCCUAGCCCCCGCUCCUGCCACCGCUGCUGCUGCCGCUGGCGCCGGUGCUGGUGGUGGGAGAGGGGCGGGUGGCAUCACUGCUGGGGUGGCGCAGGGAGGGGAGCAGAGAGGGGAGAGUGCGCGCGUGGGGGAAGUCCAGGGCGCAGAGGCUAGACGGGGGGGGCUUCCAGGCAUACAGGAGGGCGGCAGUGAAAGGAGCGGCAGCGACAACAGCAGCAUGUGGGGCAGCGGCAGUGCUGGAUACAAUGCCGCCAUUCCCACUAGCUUGACACACGCCGCUGCUGCUGCUGCCAGAGGCCUUGUGAGUGCGACUCACAGGCAGUUCGGUGCUGGCAGCCGGGCGGAUGGGCGGCAGGCAGGGUGGCUGGACGGUGGGAGUGAAGGGAGGGGUGUGAGGCAGGGCGGGAGGGGCGUGGAGGAGGGGAGUGGCGGUGGUGGUGGGGAGAGGUGGGCAGGUGUGCUGCGAGAGAGGAGUGGCAAUGUGCCGGAAGGACCACCCAGGGAGCUCAAGAAGACUGCCAAGGCGCCCGCAGCAGCCCCAGCAGCAGCGGCAGCAGGGAGAGGUGGGCCAAGGCCAGGCCUUGUGCCAGUGGAUCCGGGGGAGCGGCAUCUGCAGUCGCUGCUGCCCAUGCGCGUGCUGGUGCGGGAGAGGGCCUCGCAGCACGGGGGAGAGGCGGCAGGGGCGCAGCAGAGCAGCGGUGAGGGCAGUGUGUGGCACGUGGGCAUGGAGCAGAGAGGGGCAGUGGGAAGGGAGAUGCGUGUCGCCGGCAGGACUCUCUCGUCCACCUCGGCGUCCUCUGACUCACACGCCCUCCCUGUGCUCCUGCACUCGCCCCGCCACCCUUACAGCAGCAGCAGCCCGCGGAGUGCGAGUGGAGGGUCGAGCCCUGGCCUGGGCUUGCUCACGCGCUUCCUCUCCCCCUCUCGCCGCUCCCCGUCCCACCCUAGCCACCACCAGCACGCACAGCAGAAUCCACAGCAGCAGCAGCAGCAGCAGCAGCAGCAGCACAGGGGCACACAGUCAGGGGCUGCAGUCCCACAGGCAGCAGCAGCAGCGGGCGUGCGGCGCAGCAGUCAGGGCAGGCAGGGCAGCAGCGGGCGGGCGUUGUCCCCCUCGCGGCGGCUGUGGGCUGUGGGGCGGUCCACAGAGAGGCGCACAGAGGAGCGGUAUGGGGGGCGAGGGCAGAAUGGGGCGUGGGGGAGGGGCGCAGCAGAGCAAGCGCAGGAGGAUUCAAUGAGCAGCACAGGAGGAGUGUGCUCGUAA